UUUUUUUGUUUUUGAAGUCAAUUUGUUAGUUGAUUCGAGCUUGCUGUGACUGGUAUACUUGUUUCCAGUUUGGAAAUGAAGAUGAAGUGUAUCUAAGAUUCCGAAUUUUGAUUUUAGUUCUUUUUUUUUUUUUUUUUUUUUUUCUCUACAUAAUUGCUUUGCGUACUACAAGUGCAUCUCAGGAAGUGCGAUUGGGCGUUUCCGGUUUGUUUUUGUGAUGGAUCUUUCGAGUUAUUACUGCCUGUUUUAUUCGAUCUUCCAUCACUCCUUUGAAGUUAGAAGGUCUCUGAAAUUUUGAAUUGCUUGCUUUUUAGAUGGUUAUAUCACGUCUACACGUGGUGUGUUUGAUUGCUUGAGGGGUGGAAGCCUUCCAAGAAAUAAAUUUUGAGCACCCCAGAUGAGGUAUAACUAAUGUUAUUGGCAGUAGAAGGAGGAGGGUUCUUUUCUGCUUCAGCUUCUGGGUAUAGCAAGGGUUUGACCCUUCUCCUUUUGGGUCAAAAGGACGAAGAUAAACCCAUGAGAGUUUCUCCGUGGAAUCAUUACCAGUUGGUGGACCAAGAAUCCGAAUCUGACCUCCAGCUGGCUUCCACAAAGAACCGCAUUUCCCGCGGCUGUGCCUCCUUUGUUUGCUUUGGUCGCACUUCCGCAGGGCUCGACAGUUCCCCUUCUCCUCUUAAAGUAGGCCCAACCUUACCACAUGAUUCCUUGCCUGGGUCUAAAAGUAUCGAUAAGGUCAAAGAUGAAACUCCAAAUGUGGAAGAUGGUAGCAUUUUAAGAAAUAUAGCCCUUAAAAGUAGCUUGAAAAGGCCAAGUAAUGUUGUUUCAAUUUCUCAUCAGAAUGCUGAUGUAAGUGAAACAAUGAGUAAAAAGGAUGGUGAUAUACGUUGUCUUACUGAUAGAAGGAAAGUUCAGUGGACCGAUGCUUGUGGGAGUGAACUUGUAGAGAUCAGGGAAUUUGAGCCCAGUGAAGCAGAUCUUUCGGACGACGAGUUCGAUAGUGAAAACAAGCGAAGCUGUUCUUGUGCAAUUAUGUAGCUUGUCUCAUGUCCAAAAUUCUUUAGGAUGCUUCAAGAAACAGGGCAACUUUCUAAAACAAGGGAACAUACUUGUCUGUCUCCUUUGCUCAACAUUCUUUGUCGAUACUCGUAAUCCAGAUACGUCACGACCAUGUCGACAACUUCAUUCAAUGGUGUUACAUCUCCCACUCGAUCGAUCGCCCACCGUUCAUCAACCAUUCCAGUUUUCAGUUUUGUUCCUACGUGUGCUCUCUGUUUAUUAUUAUUGUCAUUUGUAAGACUUCAUCCAUUGUACACUAUCUUCAGUAUAUUCCUUCUGUUGUCGUUUGCUGUAUAAUGAAUAUUCAUUUGUUGUCCCAAGUUCCCCAAAUGGUACCAUCCUGAUGGAAUUAUAUAGUACUCUACUCUCUUGUGCUCUCUUCAA